CAUUUUCGUUACCACUUGCUUUUCUCUCUUAUCUCGUUUUUUAAGAUUCUCCGAAAAUAUGAUGCUCCGCUACACCGGUGGUGUGCUGUUUGUGGUACUCCUGCUUUCGAGCUCGGUCGUUCACAGCCGUUUGAUUUUGGAUGAUCUUAUUCGGCUGCCGUUCGAUCAUUCUUCGGUAGUUGAUCGUGUUUUUGGUCGUGGAAAUGAUAUUGAUGAUCAUUCUGUUGGGACUAGAUGGGCUGUUCUCAUUGCUGGGUCUAAUGGGUACUGGAAUUACAGGCAUCAGUCCGAUGUGUGUCAUGCUUACCAAGUGCUGAAGAAAGGAGGUUUAAAGGAUGAAAAUAUCAUUGUGUUCAUGUACGACGACAUUGCUUAUGACAUAGAGAACCCAAGACCAGGGGUUGUCAUUAAUAGCCCGUAUGGACAUGAUGUUUAUGCAGGAGUUCCAAAGGAUUAUACCGGGGAAGACGUGACUGUAAACAACUUUUUAGCAGCUGUACUUGGUAACAAAACAGCCAUUACUGGUGGUAGUGGAAAGGUGGUUGAUAGUGGACCUAACGAUCACAUCUUCAUCUUUUACACGGACCAUGGUGGUCCUGGGGUGCUCGGUAUGCCUACGUAUCCAAACCUCUAUGCCGAUGAGCUCAUAGACACCCUAAAGAAAAAACAUGCCUGCGGAACCUAUAAAAGCUUGGUUUUUUAUGUAGAAGCCUGUGAAUCUGGGAGCAUCUUUGAGGGUCUUCUUCCUGAAGGACUUGAUAUAUAUGCUACCACUGCCUCAAAUUCUGUAGAGAGUAGCUGGGGAACUUACUGUCCCGAUCAAGAUCCUACUGUUCCUCUGGAAUAUGACACAUGUCUCGGUGAUUUGUACAGUGUGUCUUGGAUUGAAGACAGUGAACGACACAACUUGUUGACAGAAUCUUUGAAGCAGCAGUACGAACUGGUUAAGACGAGGACAGCAACAAGCCCUUUUUACGGUUCACAUGUCAUGCAGUUUGGUGAUACAGAGCUAAAGCAGGACUUGCUUUACUUGUAUAUGGGUACAAAUCCUGCUAAUGAAAAUUUUACAUAUGUGGAUGAUAACUCGUUGCAUCCUUCGUCUUCUAAGUCUGUCAAUCAGCGCGAUGCUGAUCUCAUCCAUUUCUGGAACAAGUUCCGCAAUGCUCCUGAAGGAUCUCCGAGAAAGUUUCAAGCACAAAAGCAAUUUACGGAAGUUAUGUCACACAGAGUUCAUCUUGAUGACAGCAUCAAACUCGUUGGCAAGCUUUUAUUUGGAAUUGAAAAGGGUUUAUAUGUACUGCAGACUGUCCGACCUACAGGACAACCCCUUGUCGAUGACUGGAACUGCCUUAAGACAAUGGUAAGGACCUUUGAGAAGCAUUGUGGAUCACUAUCUCAAUACGGAAUGAAGCACAUGCGUUCCAUUGCAAACAUCUGCAAUGCCGGGAUCACAGCUGAUCAGAUGGCUGAGGCUUCAGCACAGGCUUGUCCAAACUUUCCUUCCGGUCCUUGGAGCUCUGUGCACAGGGGAUUUAGUGCCUGAUAUGAUGCUGUGUAGUACUUGGUAAAUAAUUUUGUGAAAUUGGUGCUCAAUUCUAUGUUACGCGGUUUAUGCUUUCUUCUAAGGCCCUGGAGCUAGUCCUUGUAAAUAUGGCUCCCUUUAAGUAAGAUGCAUAUUGAAUAGCCCAUGUAACAAAUUUUAUGAUGCAUAUAUUCAAUUAAUGCAAGAGUAUUGUAGUAAA